AAAUACAGACAUCAAAACCGUGGGGCAGUGGUUUAAAGCAACAAGUAAUAGCGAAUAACUUCACCGGCCUCAUAUACUUUAUCUUUAACGCGAAGCUACACAUGCUUGUGUGGCUAGCAUGAAGGAAAAGAUGGACCAAAACUCAUAUCCUCGCAUUUAUGUGGAGAGAACUCUGGCCCUCAUUAAACCAGAUGCCAUCCACAGAAGUGAGGAGAUUGAAGACAUUAUCCUCAAAUCGGGGUUCACUGUCUUGCAGAAGCGGAAGCUGCAGCUAAGUCCAGAGCAAUGCAGCGACUUCUACGCAGACCACUAUGGAAAGUUCUUCUUUCCCAGUUUGACUGCCUUCAUGAGCUCUGGCCCGAUCAUUGCCCUGACUCUGGCCCGCCACAACGCUAUUGCCCACUGGAAGUCCAUCAUAGGGCCUGUCAACAGCACCAAGGCUAGAGAGACUCACCCAGAAUGCCUGAGAGCAAAAUAUGGCACCUCUGACCUGAAAAACGCACUCCACGGCAGUGAGUCAUGUCAUGCAGCUGAGAGGGAGAUCAAAUUCAUGUUCCCAAACUCUGUAAUAGAGCCCUUCCCCUCAAGAGAAGCGACCGAAGAAUACCUGAGCAGGUAUGUAAACCCAACUCUGCUAUGUGGACUCACUGAGCUCUGCAAGCACAAGCCACACAACCCCUGUGUUUGGCUUGCUGACUGGCUGAUGAAAAACAACCCAAACAAGCCUCAAAUAUGUGAUGGAGUCAUUAUGGAAGAAGCAGAAUGACAAUAUGGAAAAGGGGAAGAAUUUAUAAGCCAUGUGUUCUUUUUUAACACUUCUCUAAGGGGUGUGACUUGAUUCAUAACCUGAAUUACACAGGUUUACAUAAGAGCACUAACAACUGGUCCUAAUAAUUGAAUGAAUCAAAUACCUCAGAUUUGUUUAGUUUUUAAUAAAGCAUCCCAUCCCACCAGACCCAACAUAUAGUCUUGAAUUGCCUAGCAAAUAAGCCAGGGAGUUAAAAAUGUUACAUUAGAUUUACUGAACAUGAUUGGACUGAAUGAAUUGGAUGAGUUGUAUGACCGGAGUUGAGAUGAGAACCUUAACUAAGUUGGAGCAAACACUCAGUUAAAUGUUUUGGUUUAGAAACUUUGACCAGCUUCAUCUUAUAUUGCUCUUCUGGAAGUGGUUCACAAACACAAAAUGUAUUAUUGUCAAAGUACCUACAAUUGUAUAUGGCUGUCUAACAAAUGUUACUGAGCAUAUAAAGUAUGUAAUUACAACUGGUAAAAUGAGCAUUACAAUGUUUUAU